AUGGGGUGCGGAGCAAGCAAAGAAGAUACGGCCGGAAAGGCAAGGAACGAUGAGAUAGAGAAUCAACUCAAGAGGGACAAGAUGGCCCAGCGCAAUGAAAUCAAAGUGCUCCUGCUAGGUGCUGGUGAAUCUGGAAAAUCUACAAUUCUCAAGCAAAUGAAACUCAUCCAUGAGGGAGGCUAUUCGCGCGACGAACGCGAGUCCUUCAAGGAAAUCAUCUAUUCCAAUACCGUCCAAUCCAUGCGCGUCAUCCUAGAGGCUAUGGAAUCCCUUGAACUUCCUCUCGAUGAUCAACGAGCAGAAUAUCAUGUCCAGACGAUCUUUAUGCAACCACCUCAAAUAGAAGGAGACAGCCUUCCCCCUGAGGUUGGCGCUGCCAUCAAGGCCUUGUGGCGGGAUGCUGGCGUUCAGGAAUGUUUCAAACGAUCCAGAGAGUAUCAAUUGAACGAUUCUGCAAGAUAUUAUUUCGAUUCUAUCGACCGCAUUGCUGCCCACGACUACCUGCCCAAUGACCAAGAUGUUCUUCGAUCUCGUGUCAAGACGACCGGUAUCACCGAAACCACUUUCAUUAUUCAAGAUUUGACCUAUCGCAUGUUCGACGUGGGUGGCCAGAGAUCCGAACGAAAGAAGUGGAUCCACUGCUUUGAGAAUGUUACCACAAUCCUUUUCCUGGUCGCCAUUUCCGAAUAUGAUCAAUUGCUCUUUGAAGAUGAGACUGUCAACAGAAUGCAAGAGGCGCUCACCCUUUUCGACAGCAUCUGCAAUUCCAGAUGGUUUAUCAAGACCAGUAUCAUUCUGUUCUUGAACAAGAUCGACAGAUUUAAAGAAAAGCUCCCUGUGAGCCCUAUGCAAAAUUACUUCCCAGACUACGAAGGUGGUCCCGACUACGCUGCAGCAUGCGAUUACAUCUUGAACCGAUUCGUUUCACUAAACCAAGCCGAAACCAAACAAAUCUAUACCCAUUUUACUUGCGCCACAGACACUACUCAGAUACGAUUCGUGAUGGGAGCGGUUAGCGAUAUCAUCAUUCAAGAGAACCUCCGAAUGUGCGGUCUCAUAUGA